CUCCCACUACACCUCGCUCUCUUCACUCCGCCUCGCGCUCCCUCUCCACGCUCUGCGUGAAACAAAGUGUGGAGUCCGCGAGCGCCCGCAGGAAUCGAAAAGCGAGAGCCACGGACUGAAUAAUGGAGCUAAAACAACAGAUGGAAUAACAACCUAUAGACGAGAAAGACUGAGACGACUGAAGAAACUUGGACCGAGCAAACUUUUCACGGGAGGAGAACAGUCUCGUAAAGCCAUGGAUACACUUUUCUCUGUAUUCCUGGGAGUUGUGAUCCUCUGUUCAAGAGUUGGCUCCGUCUCCGCUCAAUUGCCUACAGCUCACUUGGGGCGCGCAGAAAAGGGAAGCUGUACAUUUGACGAGGGUUUCUCUCAGUGUGACUACCAACAAGACCCUUAUGAUGACUUUGACUGGACACACAUCAACACCCAGGAAGUGCCAUACGUCUCACCAGACCUGCCACAAGGUUCCUACAUGUUUGUGGAUGUUUCUCAGUAUGAUGUUGGGGAGAAGGCCAGGUUUCAGCUGCCAGUUAUGAAAGAGAACGACACUCACUGUAUCGACUUCAACUAUCUCCUGACAAGCCCUGAUGGCUCCAGCCCAGGAACCCUUAAUAUCCUGGUGAAGGUAAACAAAGGUCCUUUGGCAAACCCAAUAUGGAACGUGACAUCCUACACUGGUAAAGGCUGGCUGAAAGCUGAACUUGCCGUGUCCACCUUUUGGCCUAAUGAAUACCAGGUUAUAUUUGAAGCAGAGGUGUCGGACAGCAAAGCCGGCUACAUCGCCAUAGAUGACAUUCAGGUGCUCAGCUAUCCAUGCGAUAAGUCCCCUCAUUUCCUGCGUCUUGGGGACGUGGAGGUGAAUGCCGGGCAAAAUGCCACAUUUCAGUGCAUCGCUACAGGAAGAGACACAUCAAGCAAUAAACUCUGGUUACAGAGAAGAAAUGGAGAAGAUAUUCCUGUGGCCCAGACCAAAAACAUCAACCACAGACGGUUUGCUGCCUCCUUCCACCUCAAAGAAGUCACUAAUCAGGAUCAGGAUUUGUAUCGCUGUGUCACCCAGUCGGAGCGUGGCUCCGGAGUGUCUAACUUUGCCGGUCUUAUUGUGAGAGAGCCCCCUCACCCUAUUGCUCCACCCCAGCUGCUUGGUGUCGGCCCUACAUACCUGCUGAUUCAACUCAAUGCUAAUUCCAUAUUUGGUGAUGGACCCAUUAUACUUAAAGAGGUUGAAUACCGGAUGACAUCAGGCACCUGGACUGAGACUCAUGCUGUGAAUUCUCCCAACUACAAGUUAUGGCACCUGGACCCAGAUACAGAGUAUGAGAUCAGAGUGUUACUAACGAGACCAGGAGAGGGAGGGACAGGAAAAUCAGGACCACCUCUCAUUACUCGCACCAAAUGUGCAGAACCCAUGCGUACACCCAAGAGGCUGAAGAUUGCUGAGACCAGAGCUCGUUUGAUUGCGGUGGACUGGGAGUCCCUUGGUUACAACAUCACUCGCUGUCACACCUUUAAUGUCACCAUUUGCUACCAUUACAUGACCGCCGACAACCACAGCAAAGCUGACUGCUUGGAUAUGGAUCCUAAAGCACCUCGUCACCUGGUGGGAAGCCUGCCCCCUUACACUAAUGUUAGCCUGAAGAUGAUCCUGACCAAUCCAGAGGGAAGGAAGGAGAGUGAUGAAACCAUUAUUCAGACUGAUGAAGAUGUUCCAGGUCCUGUUCCCAGUCAGUCACUUAGAGCCACUCCAUCUGAAGAGACAAUAAUCCUUUACUGGAAGGAACCAGCUGAGCCCAACGGAGUUAUAACACAAUACGAGAUCAGCUACAGUGGUGUGCGCUCAUUUGACCCUUCAGUACCUCUGCAGCGCCCGGGACUCAUGGUGUCAUUACCUUCAAAUGCCACCCACUACACAUUUGCCCAACUCCACCCAGGUGUUACGUAUCAGCUCUCUAUACGAGCAUCGACUUCCAAAGGUUUCGGGCCUGCAUCUACCCUUAAUGUGACUACGAAUAUCUCAGCCCCGACGAUAGAUGAGUAUGACGUGUCAGAGGCAUUUCUUAAUGAAACUGCAACAACUAUCACUGUCCUGCUCAAACCUGCACAAGCCAAGGGUGCACCUAUAAGUGCUUACCAGAUUGUGGUGGAGGAAGUAAAUCCUCAGCGGUCACGUCGCCAGGCUUCAUCUGAUUGUUAUGAGGUUCCAGUUUCCUACCACAGCGCAUCAAGUGGUGGUUCUCCAUAUUACUAUGCUGCCCAGCUGUCACCCAGCAACCUGCCUGAGCCCCUCCCCUUUACUGUGGGAGACAACAAGACUUACCAGGGAUUCUGGAAUCCCCCGCUGGCUCCAAGGAAGAACUACAACAUCUACCUCCAAGCAGUUAGCAGCACAGAGAGGGAAACUAAGACACAGUGCCUGAGGUUGGCAGCUAAACGUGCAACAGAAGAACCUGAAGUCAUCCCCGACCCUGCCAAACAAACAGAUCGAGUGGUGAAAAUCGCUGGAAUAAGUGCCGGUGUUCUUGUUUUAAUUCUGCUGGUUCUGGUGGCCAUCCUGCUGCUCAAGAAGAGGAGGACCUACUAUUCAUACUCUUAUUACCUGAAACUGGCUAAAAAACGAAAGGAUGCCAUUGGAACAACGAGACAGGAAAUGACACACAUGGUGAAUGCAAUGGACCGCAGCUAUGCAGAUCAGUCCACUCUGCAUGGAGAGGAUCCAAUGGCUGUGACAUUCAUGGACUCCCAUAACUACAACAACAGAUUGCCCAACGAUCCUCUGGUUCCUACUGCAGUGUUAGUUCCAAUCACAGAUGAAAACCACAGUGCUUCUGCAGCCGAGAAUAGCAGGCUUCUGGAUGUUCCUCGCUAUCACUGUGAAGGAACAGAGUCUCCUUAUCAGACAGGACAGCUGCACCCCGCCAUCAGAGUGGCUGACCUUCUGCAGCACAUCAACCUCAUGAAAACAUCUGACAGCUAUGGCUUCAAGGAAGAAUAUGAAAGUUUCUUUGAGGGCCAGUCAGCAACUUGGGAUGUGGCAAAGAAAGAGCAGAAUCGGACUAAAAAUCGCUAUGGAAACAUUAUAGCUUAUGAUCAUUCAAGGGUUAUUCUGCAGCCCAUAGAAGACGACCCGUCCUCUGACUACAUCAACGCCAACUACAUCGAUGUAAGUGGAAACACAUCGAAUGCUACUAUUGGCUCCCAACGAAACCAACGAAACCACACUCCCUCGCUCAUUUGGCUGUACAGGGAUGGAUAUCAAAGACCAAGUCACUACAUAGCUACUCAAGGUCCUGUUCAUGAGACGGUGUAUGAUUUCUGGAGGAUGGUGUGGCAGGAACAGUCGGCUUGCAUUGUUAUGGUAACCAAUCUGGUGGAGGUUGGAAGGGUUAAGUGCUACAAGUACUGGCCAGAUGAUGCUGAGGUAUACGGAGACUUCAAAGUGACUUUUGUGGAGGUGGAACCCUUGGCUGAAUAUGUGGUCCGCACAUUCACCCUGGAGAGGCGUGGAUUUAAUGAGGUGCGAGAGGUCAAGCAAUUCCACUUCACUGGCUGGCCUGAUCACGGCGUUCCAUAUCACGCCACUGGACUACUUUCCUUCAUCCGCAGAGUCAAAAUGUCCAACCCUCCGUCCGCUGGGCCGAUAGUGGUUCACUGCAGUGCUGGAGCAGGGCGCACAGGCUGUUUCAUUGUGAUUGACAUCAUGUUGGACAUGGCAGAGAGAGAAGGAGUCGUCGACAUCUACAACUGUGUAAAAGCUCUCCGCUCCAGGAGGAUCAACAUGGAGCAGUAUAUCUUCAUCCAUGAUGCCAUCCUAGAGGCUUGUCUAUGUGGAGAGACAGCAAUACCAGUUUGUGAAUUCAAAGCAGCGUAUUAUGAGUUGAUUCGCAUCGACUCCCAGACCAACUCAUCACACCUGAAGGAUGAGUUCCAGACAUUGAACUCAGUGACUCCACAGCCUCAGCCAGAAGACUGCAGCAUUGCACUGUUGCCUAGAAACCAAGAUAAGAACCGCUUUAUGGAUGGCCUUCCUCCUGAUAGAUGCCUGCCCUUUCUCAUCACAAUAGAUGGAGAAAGCAGCAAUUACAUCAAUGCUGCUUUGAUGGAUCUGUCAGAAGAGUUCCAGAGCUACCGGCAACCUGCGGCAUUCAUCGUUACCCAGCAUCCUUUGCCCAGCACAGUUAAAGACUUUUGGCGACUAGUUUAUGACUAUGGCUGUACCAGUCUGGUGAUGCUGAAUGAGAUCGACUUGGCUCAGGGUUGUCCUCAGUACUGGCCAGAAGAGGGCAUGCUGCGUUAUGGUCCAGUCCAGGUUGAAUGUAUGUCUUGCUCGAUGGACUGUGACGUCAUUAGCAGACUCUUCAGGGUCUGUAACCUCACCAGGCCACAGGAAGGCUACCUAAUGGUUCGUCAGUUCCAGUACCUCGGUUGGGCCGGACACAGAGACGUUCCUGCAUCCAAACGCUCCUUCCUGAAAUUGAUACUUCAGGUCGACCAGUGGCAGCGGGAGGGAGAGGAGGGAGAAGGAAGAACCAUUGUGCAUUGCUUAAAUGGCGGUGGGCGUAGCGGAGUAUUCUGUGCCAGUAGCAUUGUGUGUGAGAUGGCAAAGAGACAAAACGUGGUUGAUGUAUUCCACGCUGUGAAGACUCUGAGAAACAGCAAACCCAACAUGGUGGAUACUCCCGAACAAUAUCGGUUCUGCUACGAUCUGGCUCUUGAGUUCAUUGAGUCGUCUUAAGAAGAGCAGAGAAGUUCACAGGAAAGUGAAGAUAUUCUGUUCUGUUCUUGUAUUUGAUCUUCUGCCUUUGCUUGGUCCUAAUUCCCCUCUGUCGUGUUCUGUAGCAUCAAUUUAUUUUUUUGGCUCGACAAAUGGUGCAAUCAAAGUCCGCUCUGUACAGUGUUGUGAGGCAAAAGGAAAUCUUCAGACUUUUAAAUAAGAGUGAGAUGACGAGGACUGCAGCAGAAGAUGUUAAUGCUUUUGAAUCUUUAUGCUUAUGGUACAGCGUUUUGAGUGCCAGCGGGGUCCUGUAUGUUUUUGAGCCCCAAUUUAAAUGUCAAGCCUCUCAACCACAAACCCCUUCCCCACGAACUCGAUGCUUUGUGUUGUUACAGCUGCAGUAUUCAGUGUGAACUGUAGAUGUCUCCCUUCCUUUGCGAAGCUGUAACCACUUUUAUUUUGUUGGACUGCAAGUUAAAGUGAUGCCAUGUUCCCAUUUUCACGCUGAUUUCCGAGUAUUUCAUCAGUGUUGAGUAUCUCAUCAUGGUGAUGUCUGAAUAUUUGCGAUCUGUAAUUUUGUACCAGAACAAGAAACCUAAUGUUACAGCCCAGUCAAACUCUGUGGAUGUUUUUGUUUCUUUCUAGGGCACUGUCAUGUUAUUGUCAUGUCACAGUGAAUUCUGAGGUUUAGCACCAUGAUCUUUCACCAAUUUUGUUCCUAUUUUAAAUUAGUUACACAAAACUGUUUGAUAACAGAAUAUAUAUGAAGACAAUUACCUUUGUAUUAAUACGAGUUUACAAGUUUGUUUUUUUUUCCAUUUUGCUUCUUGUUGUAUCAUGUACUAAUCUACUGAAUAUAAAUGCUGAAGUACUUUUUCUAUCCCAAAUUGUAAAAUAGACCACUUUUCCAUCACAUUUAUGUUUGUUUUAGGGCUGGGCCCAAUGCAUUUUUAAUUCAUCCAGUUCACAAACAUAGCUUCAUUAAAAAAAACACAUUUAGGCAGAAUUUAAUUAUAAAAGAAAUCAGUUUCCUCUAUUUUCAAAAACACACAGAUUUAUAGUUUUGCUUUCGUUUUGGGCCUGGAAUGAUUUGGAAGUGAACUGACCCCAGGCGUCAUUUGUUCUGUGCACUGGUGGCCAACACUUUUUGUUUGAAUAUUAUUAUUUUGUAGCUGAUGUUUAUUCAUAAGCCAAAGACUUUGUGUAAAUAUGUCUAUACAGAUGAAGCACAUUGUUUGUAUUUAUUGUUUGUUUAUUGCAUUGCUUGUAAGAACAAUCAUUUUUCAUUCCAUGUUUACUCCACCAACAGCGCUUCUUAAACUGCUUAUGGAGAUGAACAAACUCGUCGUCUUCAUAUGGAAUCAUGGGAGUAUUUGUUGAGCCUGUUGUGGAUCAUCAUGUCAGAUAUUGCAUCUGAGUAGUUUGAGUCCAUGAAGAAGAGUUUAAGAAUCCCUGAUGAAAGCUGUGUAUUAAAGCUUUAGGAGUAGUAUUCAGUAUUUAGGUGAAAUCCAAUAGUAUCGUUUUUUGUUUUCUUUUUAAGAUUUUAAAGUAAAGAUACUUUUUUGUUUUUCUUUUGUGUAAAAGCUCACUUUUCUGUUUGUGGUCAGUAGAACAUCGGUGCAUUUGAGUUUUCUUGGAUAAUGGCCUGCAUCCUGAACUUCUUAGUUGGGAUGAGCUGUUUGUCUUCAUCCUUAUGUCCUGUUUAACAUCAUCGCUGAACAUACAGUGAGUGAUGUCAACAGGCUUAGUUGAAGAAACACAGAGAGCUGUAAUACAUGUACAUUUAUUGUGCCUAAUCAUUUCCAUUUCCAAACUGAAACAAGCAUUUUUGACAUUGACCUCGAGCAGGGCUUUGUUCAAUGCGUUCUUAUGGACGAUCAGUGUUUUCAGUUUCUUGAGCCUGCAUUUGUUGUGUUUAAUCCAUGAAAAUGCUUCUUUUGAGGCUUUACAAACUUAACAGAUUGAACUUUCUUGUAAAUAAAAGAUCAAAUGUUCCACCCUGUUUCUGAAAGUAACGAUGGGUUCAAUUUAAGAACAUUUGUUCUAUUGUAGAUAAAAGAAAAUGUAAGAAUAAACAUUUGUGUUCAAAAAUGCUGUGUUUUCACUGAAGAAGUGAACAUCAGCCUUCAGUUUUCGUUUUCUACAGAUUUCUGAUCUGACCCAACAAAGUUGCAGAAAACUAAAGAUGCGUAUCCAUACUUUUUUUUAAAAAUAUAUAUAUUAUUGGUGUUUUUGGAAAGUAUGUACAAUACAAAAAAAACUUCAAUUAUUCGGCUUUGGGGACACUGAGUAAAAAAAAAUAAAAGGAACAGUUUUUUUUUUUUUCUUAGGAUAUUGUUGCCCCAAAAAAGAGAGGAAGAAGCUGGUGUCUGGGUGAGAGGCCAGUCUAAGUAUGACAUUAAUAUUCAUGGUUCAUAAUUAUUCUUGUCUGUAAUGUUUGGCUUCUUUGCUGUAAUAAAAAAAAACAGUUCUUUAACUAAAA